CAACGAAAGGUAGAAAUGUCACCCGUACACAACACGAUCGCUCGCUUGAUCGUCCGAGUGGAGGAGAUCACGGGAGGGGGAACGGCGCGUGUAGAGGGAGCAACUGCGCUCACGUCACCGCGGCACAAACGACGCUCCGAUCGCGCAGCGUGCCAGUCGCUGACUGACGUUCGCAGGUGUAGGUUGGCUGACGUUGCGUCCUCUUCUCUCGCGAUGUCGGAAGUAUUCAAACUGGGUGAUUUAGUAUGGGCGAAGAUGAAGGGAUUCUCGCCGUGGCCUGGCCGGGUGUCAGUUCCUUCGAAGGAUUUGAAGAAGCCCGCAAACACUAAAAAGGGACCAGUACAGUGCAUCUUCUUCUUUGGGACAAAUAAUUACGCAUGGAUAGAAGAAUCCAACAUUAAGCCCUACCAAGAGUAUAAAGAUACUUUAGUGAAAUCUAGCAAAUCUGGCGCAUUCAAAGAUGCAGUGGAAGCUAUAGAAGAAUUUAUCGCCAAAGGAGAGGUAUUCGAGGAUGGUUUAGAUCCGGAUUCCUUGUUUGACAGACUCAAAGAAGAGACUGUAGCUGAGAAGAAACCCGUCGUCAAACCAUCGAAGCCGCGCAAGGAAGCUACUACCAAGACCCCUAAACGUCUAAGUGACAGCGGCACAGGUGAUCGUCGACCGGCUAAAAAGCAGCGUAGGGAAUCAAGUGGUAGCAACAGAGUCGGCAGUGUCAGUCCUACCAUGAACCAUUCUACUCCGGCUAGAAAAACUGGCUCGCUUCUAAACAGACCGGCAAAUAUCGCCAGACCUGUUACACCACCUUUAGAUGUCGAAACGAUGUCGCAAACACUCAAGGAAAAGAAUAUCCUUCCAUCAAAUUUGAAAUUUGGUUUCCUUGGACUUGGCAUCAUGGGCAGUGGUAUCGUGAAAAAUUUGAUCAACAGUGGUCAUAGUGUGAUCGUGUGGAAUCGGACACAAGAAAAGUGCGCAGAUUUCGUGAAAGCAGGAGCUGAGCAAGGAUUGACUCCAUCCGAUGUUGUCCUCGCUGCGGAUAUCACCUUUUCGUGUGUGGCUGAUCCUCAGGCGGCAAAAGAUAUGGUCUUCGGUAAUUGCGGUGUUCUGAUGGAGAUAUCACCUGAGAAGAGCUACGUCGAAAUGACCGGCAUCGAUGCGGAAACCUCGCAGGACAUAGCCGAGGCGAUAAACGGCAAGGGUGGCCGCUAUCUUGAGGCACAGGUACAGGGGAGUAAAACGCAAGCGCAAGAAGGCACUCUGGUCAUCCUUGCCGCUGGAGAUCGGUCGCUCUUUGACGAAUGUCAAUCUUGUUUCGAGGCUAUGGGCAAGAAUAGCUUUUAUCUUGGUGAAGUCGGCAAUGCUUCCAAGAUGAAUCUUGUAUUGCAACUAAUGGCUGGUGUCACUCUGGCAGCUCUGGCCGAGAGUAUGGCGCUGGCUGAUCGCGCCGGACUUCAACAGAAGGAUGUUCUAGAGGUUCUGGAGUUGACAUCUUUAGCAUGUCCGGCGAUUCUCGAGAAAGGCAAAGCAAUUAUCGAAGGUGGUUUUCCAACUCAACUACCACUUCAACAUAUGCAAAAGGAUUUGCGAUUGUCGUUAGGGAUGAGCGAUCAAUUGGAGCAACCUUUACCGUUGGCUGCUGCGGCGAAUGAAGUGUAUAAACACGCAAAACGUCUUGGAUAUGGCGAACAUGACGCCUCGGCUGUUUAUAUUAGGGCCAGGUUCUAACGCAGCAUGCGCUUCGUACUGUUGUCACCGAGCUUCUUUAUAUUUAUUGCGAUACCUGACGUUGUUUCCCGCCGCUAAGAGAGAAUGAUAAAGAGAGAGAAAGAGAGGGAAAAAAAGAAUAUUACUGCAUCAUAAAAAGUAUUUGUAUAUUUUUGUUUGCUGUAUAGGUUUCAAAAGAUAUACAUGUCGUCAAUUGUAUAAACAUUUGUGUGAAAUUUUACAGAAAAUAGAUAAUGCAAUUGAAAUACUACAAGAAAAAAAAUAGCGAAUCGUAGAAGAGCUUUAUCAAUUUUGCGUUGCGAAAAAAAUGUUGCAACAUUAUUUUGUAGAAUUGUUUUUAUCUCUUAUAUAAUGAUGGUUUAGAUUAGUGACUGCGGGAAUAUUUUUAUUUCUUAUGUCGUAGCGACAAUUCUUUGCGUGCAAAACGGAAAAAUAGCAUCGGUUUGACUAACAGUCGAGCUCCCAAUUGAGACGCAAGUCGCGUUUCGAUUUCGAUCACGCGUGAGCGAGAACCCAACUUGGUUUCGAAAGAUUCGGAACGUGUUAAAAGAAAAUGUGCCUUACGAUACCGAUUGAAGGGAAAGGCUUAUAAUGACAUUGUACAAGACACAUUGAAAAUGAUUUCAUAAUCACAUUGUAUCGGCAUGAAAUUUAUCUCAAUGAUAAAAGGAGAUUGACGAGCUCGACCACGAACAUGACGAUUACACACAAUAACGACAGGAAAAUGUAGAUACCACACGCUUUACCUGACGCAAUUGUAAAGUUUAAAUUACAGUUCUUGUUUUUAAAAGCGUCCGGCCAAUCAAUUCGAGUGAUGAUGGUAAAAAAACUAGACCUUCCUCUCAUACUUUCAUCUUCUACGAAUCUAAAAGAUAGUUUUUAAUCAUUUUAUAGGUGCAUUUUUAUUUUCAUUAGUUUUCUUGUGUUUGUAUAUUGCAUUAUACAACGAACACACUUAUGUUACAUCUCGCGCUAUUUAUUAGUGAAAUAAUAGAUUUAACUAAAGGAUUAGUUAGCUAUUUUUUUAGAAGUAUACUAGCAAACAGACAGCAUUGUCCAUGCAGAAAAAAAAAUCCUUCUGAAAUCGUUGCGAAGUUUGACGUUUGAAUUAAUAAAGAGUACGUGUUACAUUUGCGCUUUUAACUCUGUUGACUUUUACCGACGCUUCUGCUGACCGAUAAACCAACAUGCAGCUCAUUAUAAAUUAAUGAAAAAAAAAAUUGAAGAAAUGUUACUAAGAACUAUAAAUGAGUAUUAUAUGUUGCAUUUUCGUAUCUACAAUAAAAUACAUGCGAUAUAUUAGCUUUCGUCAAAGGCCUGAGCCUGAAAAUCAACAGAAACAAACUAUAAGUUUAUACAAAUAUAUUUUGUACUUUUAACCAUUCCAUAACUCUGAAAAAGGACGUUUCAAAAUCGAAGUCAUGAGCCGAAUACAAUAAAAUCUGAAUAAAAAGUAUAUUGAUGAACGAUUCUUCCGGGUCACUUCCUUAAACCUUAGUUUAACGAUUUUUUUAAUAUAUGUGAGUUUAUUUUCAUAAGAGCAUUGCAUGUUAAGACUUCUCGCGCGGAACAGUCCUUGGACAGUUAACGUACUCUAUCAUAAUUCUACUCUCUUAUAUGAUCUUCUCGAAAAUAAUCUCGUGAGCGACACGCGACAAAAUUGAAAGUUUGAUUAGAAUUCUUUAAAUUUAAAUUUAAAAACCAUAAAAAAUUUUGAUGUGAAUAUCAUCGGUAUUAUAAAGUAAAUCCCUAAAAGGUCAAUUUCUCCGAGUCGAAAUAUAUCUAUCCCGUCUCUAUUCAAUCUCAUUAUAUCAUUCAUAUAAGAUUAAAUAGAGUCGAUUUUUUUAGAUGUUUAAUAAUUAUCACAGAGUCUAGGCGAUGUAAAAAUUGAGAGAAUUUGCUAAUUAUUUUUUCCGUCAAAAAUGCGAAAAUUUUUUUCUAAAUUGUUUACAAUGUAUUUUCAAACCGCAAGUUAAAAUUGUAAAGUCAGCAUUUUAUCUUUUGGAAAAAAGUUUAGUUAAAUAUAUUAAAAGAAUUUUUUUCUUGGCGGAGAAUCCAAGCGAGAUUGUUCCUGUGUCGAGAAAUCAAUCUUUUCUCUUCAGACGAUAAUAAUUUCAGAUUAUCUAUCCUUUUCUCUGCGAUAGAUAUUCCUUGAAAUCGAACGGAAAAUCGUGUUCAAUCGGCACAGAUCUCGAAUUUAUGUAAGAAGUGUGCGGGAAAUUGCGUAUAGCGUAUAGCUGAAAUAACAGUGGCUUGGCGCCAUAUCACGUGCGACAACAUCCAAUUAGACACGUACAUACACAAUCAGCAGUUAAAUGACAACAUUGCAACAGUAAAUUGUAUGUGUAUGAAUCUGCAACUUGUGGGGCAGAGAUAGAAGAAAUAUUAUAUUCUACUGCAUAAGAAGAAAAAGCAUAAAAAAGGAUAUAUUAUUACUAGUAAAUAUUAAGUUUACUAAAAAGAAAACAGGAAAACAAAGAAGGAGAAAAUAAUGGGAGUAAUUAGUAUGAGUGCGAGCGAAUGAAUGAGGUUAUACGUUAUGCGCGUUACGUCGGUAACAGACGUUAUAUGUUUUGUCACGGAUACACAAUGGUUUUUGAAUAAAUAUCUAUUUGACCUAUGAA